AUGAGGGAAGUGAAAAGGCAAGUUCGUGUUGAGAGGCAGUAUAAAUUUACGAGAUUUCGCGACGAUCUACAAAAAAGAUUACCUCGGAAAGAUAGACCGUACAAACAAUAUUUGAACACGCGAUUGGAAAACCGAUCACUCUCUGAGAACGAACGAAGCGAAGAUCCAGUCGACAAUUUAAAUAGAAUACGCGACAAAUUUCCCCACUUAAGAAAUGCUCUGCCGGAAAUCGUGCCAGAUGAGAAUGUGAUAGAACGCGAGAAGGAGAAAUCAAUGAAGACUGUAUAUCAACUGGAUUACUUGAAGGAAUUUCAAAAGAAUCAUCGUCCUAGAGAAAUAACGUUACCACAAAACUGGAUUAUUCCUGAGACAAUUCAAAGACGUGCAUAUCGAAAUCCAUGGAUAAUCGCAACGAAAGAAUUGAUAAAACCGUCAAAAAUUUUUAAACAGCGCAACAAUUUGGAUCCUAAUCCUAAAGAAAGAGAAAUUCUUCGUGUGACAACCGGAAAUUCCGAAUAUAAUGACACAAUCGGAAUUACAGGAGAAAGAGUUAUGCUACAAAGCCCAUCAGAUAUGAAAGAUCAUAUAGAAUUGCAAAAUUCAUUAAAGAGUCCUAGUAUAACUGAAUCAGAAUGUUCACUAAUAUUAAAACAAAAUUUAGCUUUCUCUGCGAAAAUAUUCUGAAUCAUUCGUAAAUUAUGGCUUUUAUAAAUAAGACGUAAAAUUUGCAUGGAAGAAGGGGGAGGGGAAGGAUUACAUGCAAACUAAGGAAAAUACAAAUAAAAUAAAAUCAGAAUAUACAAGUUGUUAGAAAACAGAAUUCAUAUUACGUGUAUUAAUUGUGUCUAAUCAUUACAUUUUCAAUUUUAUUCUGUGUUUUCAGAAUAAAUUAAUUAAUUACUUGAUGUAUUAUAUAACUUUAACUAUACACAUCACACAUUCAUACCAAUAAUACACUAGGUCGCGACACAUCGUUUGCAUAAUUCACAUAAUACACACCAUUUUUUUCAUAUAAUUAUUUACAUGUUCAAGUCUAGUAUUAUUUUACAAAAUAUUUUCCGACAAAUAUGAAUACUCGAUAUUUUAUAUGUAACAGAUUCGCCCACUGAAGUUUCAUAUUUUACCAAUAUUCUACAAAUGUCAAAAUUGUUAGCAAAUUAAUUAUCUGAUUGCUUAAACAAUCAAUUAAUAAUUAUAACCUUCUGUUGCUCAACUUAUCUUUCACGCAUUUAAAAUGUAUUUACUUAUCAUAGUUUAAUAUAUUUGAGAUAACUUAAAACUUAAACUUUUACUUAAAGAUGAAUAAAAUUAUACAAAUAACAAUCUUGCAGAGCAAA